AUGUCGAGAGAAGUAUUUAUGUUUUUUUAAACUAAAGUAACUUUUAAAAAGAUUCGAUUUAGUAUCGAAGUCUUUAGAAUAGUUUGAUUUAUAUGAAUAAAACGAGUUUGCCAUACCUAACUCUUAAUAGUAUAUGAUAGUCCCUAUUUUCUUAGAUACUCUGAAGAAUGCUAUGAAGCAUUUUAAAAGAUCUAUCAGACAAGUUAAGUUCCUUAACUCUAAACAAUUCCAGAAGAUGAAAAAGAGUUUUAGAUUUUAAAUAGAGAUACAGGACUUAUGAUAGAUUGUAGGAAAUUAGAUUAAUACACGUUUACAAUAUCAGACUCAAAGGAAGUGGCAUGGAAGAAUUAUUGGAAACAUAGUAGAGAAAUUAGUGAACUAUUAGUGUCAUUAGUCUAAUCAAAUGAGAAUAAUAAAGUAUAUGAACUAUUAGCUCAUCCUUAAUUCUAUAUAGAUUUAAAUAUAAGGUACUUGUUGUUUUAAUUAAAUAGAGAUUUAGAUGAUUGGACUCCCCUUCAUUUUGCUUGUCAAUAAAGCAACACUGAAAUCGUUUAGCUCUUAUUACAUUAAUAAGCAAAUCCUAAGCUAUUAUCCUUGGAUGGCAAAUCACCAUUACAUAUAGCAGCAAUGAGAAAUCACUCUACAAUCUGCGAAUUGUUAAUCAACUUUGGAGCAGAUAUUGAUGCUUAAGAUUCAGAUAAAAACACACCAUUACAUAUUGCUUCUUUACAUGGAAAUGAUCUAAUAUGUAAAAUAUUAAUAGAGAAGAAUGCAAAUCAUGACUUAAAGAAUUAUUAAUAAUUGACUCCUAUAGAAAUGGCAUCAGAUAUAAAAAUAAUUGAAAUUUUUAACAAUUAUGGAAUCUCGCUUAAUAAUUUUACUUAUACUAGAACUGUUGUUAAAGAAUAAAACUUAGUUUUACCAAACAGUCGAAGAGAUCAUGUCUAAAAACUAUUAAUGUUAGCUUAAUAUUAAUCUAAAGGAAAUAUUGAACAUGAAAUUAAAUAAGAAUUAAUAAAUAAUGAAUAAUAAGGAUAAUCUUUAAACUUAGAUAUUAAUUAAAAUAGAUCUACUUGGGGUAAGAUAAUGGAUUUUGCUGUAUCAUUUUCUAGAGUCUCUAUUAAAGGAAAUGGAUAGACAAAUAAUUCAGAAUCUGAAAAGAAUAAGAUUGGUCCAGGUUCUUUUCAAUUUUAUUAAAAAUUAGGAGAAGGAGGAUUUGGUUAAGUUUAUUUAGUUGAUAAAAUAGGUUAAGAACCAAAGAAAUAUUAUGCAAUGAAGAUUUUAAAGAAAGAGGAUAUAGAUACAUCAAAUAUUAUUAAGUCUGCUUAAAUUGAAAAAGAUGUUUUAAAAAUAAUGAAUCAUCCAUUUAUUGUUAAAUUAAAUUAUGCAUUCUAAACUUUAGAUCAUUUGUAUCUUGUUAUGGAUUUGUGUUCUGGAGGAGAUUUGUCAACUCAUUUAGAAUUAGUUAACAAUUUUCCAGAAUAUAUUGUAAAAAUAUAUGCAGCAGAAAUAACAUUAGCUUUGGAAGCAUUGCAUAAAUAGGGAAUAAUUUUUAGAGAUCUUAAACCUGAAAAUGUUGUAUUAGAUAAAGAUGGACAUGCUCAUUUAACAGAUUUUGGGUUAUCUAAACAAGGGAUUGAUGAAGAAAUGAUAAAUCAAUCUUUUUGUGGAACUUUAGCUUAUUUAGCUCCUGAAAUGUUAAUGAAGAAAGGACAUGGUCGUUAAGUUGAUUGGUAUAUGCUAGGAAUUUUCAUUUAUGAAUUAUUAGUAGGGGCUCCACCUUAUUAUGAUGCUGAAAAAGAAAUUUUAAAAGAAAAUAUUAAAAGAGCUCCACUUAAAUUACCAAGACAUUUAAGUUAAGAGGCUAAAGAUAUCAUAAUUUAAUUAUUGAUUAGAGAUCCUAAACGAAGAUUAGGAUGCAAAGAAGAUUCAAAAGAAAUAAAAAGUCAUCCUUGGUUUAAUGAUAUAAAUUGGCAAGAUUGUUAUAAUAAAAAAUUAUAGCCACCUAAACCAUUAAUAUGUCAUGAACCUAAGGUAGCUAGAAAAGUUACUUUUAGCAAAAAUAGUAACAGAAAUAAAUUAAAUGACUGGACCUUUUGUGAAAAUUGA